AUGCCUUAUGUGGAUCGACAGAACCGAAUCUGGUGGUUUCUGGACAUCGAGGAGAAUGAGAACAGUGGCAAGUUUCUGCGGAGGUACUUUAUUCUGGACACCCAGGCCAACUGCCUUCUCUGGUACAUGGACAACCCCCAGAACCUGGCAAUUGGGGCAGGAGCUGUUGGAUCUUUGCAGCUGACCUACAUCUCGAAGGUGAGCGUAGCUACACCAAAGCAGAAACCAAAAACUCCGUUUUGCUUCGUCAUCAAUGCCCUCUCUCAGAGGUAUUUCCUUCAAGCUAAUGACCAGAAAGAUCUGAAGGACUGGGUUGAAGCCUUGAACCAAGCCAGCAAAAUCACCGUGCCCAAAGUUGGGAGCCUGCCCCUGACUACCGAGGUUCUGAAAAGCCUAGCAGCUCCUCCAGCCCUAGAGAAGAAGCCGCAGGUGGCCUACAAGACCGAGAUCAUUGGAGGGGUGGUGGUACACACGCCCAUCAACCAGAACGGUGGGGAUGGGCAGGAAGGGAGUGAACCCGGGUCCCACGCCAUCCUUCGAAGGUCUCAGAGUUACAUCCCUACGACAGGCAGCCAUGUUCCCUCUGGGCCCCACUUCAUUAAGAGCGGCUACUGCGUGAAGCAAGGGAAUGUGCGGAAGAGCUGGAAACGUCGCUUCUUUGCACUUGAUGACUUUACUCUCUGCUACUUCAAGUGUGAACAGGACCGAGAACCACUGCGCACUAUAUUUCUCAAGGAUGUUCUUAAGACCCAUGAGUGUCUGGUCAAAUCUGGUGAUCUCUUAAUGAGGGACAACCUGUUUGAAAUCAUAACAAGCUCCAGGACCUUCUACAUACAGGCGGACAGUCCAGAAGACAUGCACAGCUGGAUUAAGGAGAUCAGGGCAGCUGUCCAGGCCCUCAAAUGCCACCCCAGAGAUAUGUCCUUUUCUAGAUCCAUCUCUUUGACUCGCUCUGGAAGCUCCAGCCUGUCAGGUGGGCCCAACUCUGCCUUGUGCAGGGGGCGGCCAGCUGUGGAAGAGAAAAAAGCCCUCUGCAAAGCCCCCUCUGUGGCUUCCUCCUGGCAACCCUGGACACCUGUCCCCCAGGCCGGGGACAAGCUGCUUCCAGCUGAAGAGACUCCUGGGGACUCCUUGUUCAUGCCUCGACCUGGGGAGAGCAGUACUUCUGGGGUGUUGCCCAGCUCCCGGAUAAGGCACAGAUCAGAGCCCCAGCACCCCAAGGAGAAGCCAUUUCUGUUCAGCCUUGAUGAUGAGAGCAUACGAACUUCUGAUGUGUGAUAGGGCACGGUACCCUGGGAGGGGGGAGGACUCAAGAAAAGGAGGCCAUGACUCAGUUUCCCUACCUUUUGGAAGGUGGUCAGAGACCCUUUGGCACUCAUAUUCCUGUGGAUGCUCUGUGGGGAGGGCCCAUUCGGUUGUUUUUUGUUUUUUUGUUUUUUUGUUUUUUUAAAUAUAAUACAGCGUAUUUGACUUGGAAAAUCACGAGGUUAGACCUGUAGGCAUGCUCAGUGGAGAGCAGGUUGCCUCUCAUUUGACCACUCCAAGGUCUUUCUGGUGAGAAGAGGUUUAGUAGUGCAGUUUCAUCCCAACCAAGUUUUAUUUCCGUGUCCUAGUUAUAGUUUCUUCCUUAGGUUUCCAGGCCGGGCACAGAGUCUUGGGCAGUCAUCUGGGUUAUCCUAUUCCUGUUUAUUGGCUGAGGUCUAACAGUGAAGUAGGAGUAGGUAACUGACCCAGCUGAAAGCAGCAGACCUAGGCUCUGGCUUGACUGAGAUACAUUCUGAGGGGAGGUGUUACGAUCUGGGGGCUGGCAGGUAGCUCUCAGAAUGUCCACUAAGGUGGAUCCUCCCAGGGGAGACUCUUCCACUGAGGAAGAAAUAGGGAUCUCUUGUAAGGUAUGGGGAAAGAUUCAACCUCAGUGCAUCAGCCAGUUUGGGGAAUUAUUCUGUUCUUGUCUACGACCCCAAAUAAUGUCAACGUGAGUGAUAGACCUGCCCAUCCAGUUUCUGUGUCAGGCCCCGAGGAUGGGUUUAUCAGUGUUAAAAGUUACGACUGUUGAGAAUAGGGCAGACAUUUCCACUGAAGUGGCGUUAUUUGGAAGUCUCAAGGGUUGAUAAGUGUAUGAUAAUUCACUUGUGUGAUAGAUCGGAUCUCUGUUUUAGAGUGUUAGAAUUGUUUUGAAGCAGGUGCUGGGAAAACAUGGAUUAUAGUUCAUCCAGAUAAACUUUUCUGAUCCGUGUUUUCCAGACAGAAGAAAAGGUCUGUUUUAGUACAGAUGGAUUUCUUGAAUCCUUACUUCACAGCUCUCUUCAAUGGGCUGAUAUUAGUCUAAUUUUAAGUGCUGUAUAUUAUAUACCCUGGCAGAUUUGCUUUCUUUCUAACUUUUUCUGUUGCCCUUUGAAUGAAGCCUUGUGUACUUGCAUGAUCACACCUUGUAAUAUGAUAAGGUUCCAUGUACUUAACAGUGAAGAGAUACAAGGAUAAUCCUGAGAGGUAUUUAUAUUUUUAAUAAAAUAGAAACUAUGCAUAGAAACAUUGAUUUAGAAGCUCUGCAUUGCUGACUAGAGAUUUCCCAGGUAGAAGAGCAUAGAUUGCCUUUUCCACCCAAAUUUCUACCUUCUUUCAACUUGACAAAAGAUACUAUUUCCAGGUCCCUGGGAGAAUUUGUCUAACUUAAUGUGGCCUACUGCUAACUUACCAGGGUUCCGUAAAGGGAGAGAAAAACUAACUCAUUUCUGUCUAUACCUUUCAACAGCUAGAUCAAUUAGUUACCUUUAAAUUAAAAAUUAAAGAGUAGAGGAAGAUACUGAGAGAAGCAUUUUUACCUAAGUGAAUAUCUUCCCCUCCUUAUGUCCAGAUGUAAUGCAGAGGUAAAAACAUGUCAUCAGAAACCCCUAGGGGCUUGAGGGAAAUCUUUGUUCCUUUAAUGCAGUGUAGUUCCCUUGCAUUGUUUGGCCUAGUGGUCCUGUUAUAAAAAAAGACAUCUACUGGAUCUCUCUCUUUUUCUCUCCCCCCACUCUUUUUUGCAGACUCUUGUAGACUUUUGUCCUCAGAAAUCUGUGCUUUGGGAGUUAGUUAUUCAUGGGUGAGUGAGGUUACAGCUUCAAGUAGCCAUUUCAAAUUCUUAAAGCUCCUCAUCUCUGGUUUCAUCUUCAAAUUUUCCUUAAGAAAAUUCUUUGGCUAGGUCAAAGAAGGUACACAAUAAAUGAUAUUGCACUAGCAAAAAUAAAUUAGGAACUUUUGAGAUCUCUUUAAACAUCCCCCAACUCAUGAAAGCUGUCAUCCUCUGGCAAAAAUGUAUCCAUUUCUCUUUUGUUAAGUAAACUCUCUGCUAGAAUACUACUGCUAAAUUAAUUGGCCAUUAUAGUAAGCUGAUAUAUUUCUCAUUCAGUAGGGUCUAUUUUAAGAAUGUGAGUUCAAUAUGCUUAUAAAUCUAGACUGUAUUAUUAUGAUGGAAACAAGGACUGUAGAUGGCAAAUACUUGGGAAUACCAAGUGAGAACAUUGUUAAUGUGGUUCCAACACCAGAUAAAUAGAAUUAUCUUCAAUGGCACUUAAAAGCAUUCUAAUUCCCAAACCUUAUUUCAGAAUUCCUUUUGUGUCCAUAUUUCUUACCUUCUGACCAAUUUCACAUCACAAUUUUUAAUGUCACUUCACAUGUGAGCCAAAGAUGGUGCCUAUGCAAUCAAAGCAUUUGGCUUUCAAUUUUUUUAAUGUUUGUUUGUUUUUGAGAGAGAGAGAGGGAGACACAGGACCCGAAGCAGGCACCAGGCUCUGAGCUGUCAGCACAGAGCCUGUCAUGGGACUUGAACCCACUAACCACAAAAUCAUGACCCGAGCCAAAGUUGGACGCUCAACCCACUGAGCCACUCAGGUGCCCCAAGUGGUCUUCCCUAUAAUUGAACUAUUUACCAUUCACUAUCUUGAAAGCUUAAGAACUUAAGCUUAAGAAUGAAAGCUUAAGAAUUUCUGUGGUGGUUGGUAAAUGUAGUUUCGCCUUUUGCAUCCUGUGAGACAUUGUAACCCUAGUAAGGUGAAGAGUGGACUCAGGUCAAAAUAUUGGAGGUUAUACGUUUAUUUUUGAGUAGAAUGCUGAGUGAAAAAGAGCAGAGGUAAGGCCCAGCUUUGUAGUUUACUUGACACAAAAGGUUUUUUCUUUUUCUUCCUAAAUAUAACUGUGCUCUGAUACGAGUAAAAGCAACCAAUAAAUAAAUAGCAGAUUGAGUAGCUGAGCAGUGGAAUUUGAUGUUAGUUUUCACUGUUGACCAGAUAAACAGGCACAUGGAAGUAACACCAUUUUGGAAAUUGAGUUUCCCAAAUGAGCUUUGUUUAUAAACUUUGAACAUAUCAAAAAUGGGCAGUUUAUUAAAUCUUUUCUACCAACAUCACUUUUUUUUCCCCUCAUCCUUUUUUUCCUCCAUGUUAUUGCCUGCAGCAGUCACAGUCACUCAUGCUAAGUAGAGUUUGAGUAAAGCUAAUAUUGGCAAAAAUAUACUGUUUGACCCCUUCCCCCACUGCUUAUGGUGUGGCAUGAUUUUGUGUUUUGAACCAGUACGUUUCAGCUGUGAAAUGCACUCACUGCAAGCACUGAGCUGAGUGCAUGGAAACUGUUAUGCUUCUCAUUUUAUGUGAUCUACUAAUUGGUAUGUAGCAAAAAUAAUUUUCUAAAACUGUUUUGUUGCUUGUUUUGUAAUAAAACCAUGUGAAAUACUGAAA